CAAAUCUCCUCUGAGCUGUUUGGCUCCAACUCCUAAGCCUUUCCCAAGGGAAACCUUUUUGACAGGGCCUUUCUCCUGCCCUCAGCAGCACCUCUCCUAAUCCUGCAUCUUUCCCAGUUGUGUUGUUGUUGCUGCUGCUGCUGCGGUCUCCUCCUCCUCCUCUCCUCUCCUCUCCCCUCCCCUGCCGGACUCCUCCCCGCCUCUGCUCCGCCUGCCGCCUCCUCUGGCUUUGUUGAUGUUUCACUUUGUUUUAAUUCCCGGCUCCCAAGAUGGAGGCGGCGCUGGGGCCACGCGAGUUCCUGCGGCUGCUCCCGGGGCUCCUGCUGCUGCUGCCCUCCUGCCUGGCCGCCCCGGAGCCGACAGCCGCUUUCUCCCAGCUCGAUAGCCAGGUAAGGGAGAGGAAGGGUCUCCGGGCAGCCUCAUCUUUAUUCUGGCGGCACCAGGACGGAGAGUACACGGAGGGAGUGGGGAAGAGGGGCGAGCAGAAGUGGACCCCUCGGAGGAGUCCGAUAAAACCAAGAAACAAGAAAUGCAGUGGGUUGGCCCCUAAUCUUCCGUGCUCAGCUUCCUCUUAAUUCGGAGUAAGGAAGCGACAUGCUGCUGUAGAUAGGCGCGGCGGCGUUGUAUUGUUUGUCUUGUCUAAGGUGCCGUGGGAGUGUGCAAGACUGAGUGUGACGUGCAGGAGCUUCGUGUGGACAUCCCGAGAUGGUGCCGUAGUGCCCACCUGUGUGAAAUGCUCAGGCUUGUACACUUUGAAGGUGUGUGUGUGUGGGGGGGGGUGUUUCUUCCUCCCCCACCCCCAGCCCCGUGAAGGAGCGAUUUGUAUAUUAAUAUGUAUGCAGAAUUGCAUAAGAUGUGGCAUCGGGCCUUGUGUGGCUUGGAUGUUGGUAUGAAGUACGUCAGCUGCGUGCUUGCUAUAUAUGCACACAGGCAUAUUCAAGGGACCAAAUGGAUAUGCAGUGAGAAUACAGGAUGUCCAUUGGGCUAGGUAACACCAAGAUUAGAUUUUAUUUGUCUGAUUUGAACUUUGGGAUUGAGUGCUUUCUUUAAUGCAUCUGGUCUGCGUUGAGAGAAGAGCAUGAUAUUCUCAACUGUUUCUGUGCGGAAGUCUUUAAUGAUAAGCUGUCCAACAAAAACAAAUUGCUUUUGAGUGGAAAAUAAAGAGGAAUGUUUAAGUGAUUUGUAGGUGUUACAAAUCCUGUGAUUUGUGGGUGUUACUAGUAGUUUCUUUAAGUUAAUCACAUGUUAUAGCUUGAAGCACAGGAGUGGUUUUGGUACAGUGUCCUUUUCAAGCACUUAAGAUGCUACUGCAUUCAACUUCUGAUAGCUAGCUAAUUGCUAAGAGAGCUAACCCAAAAUCUCCAUCACAAACAUCUGAACAAGCAAUGAUUAGAUUUGGAUUAACUUUAUCCCUGGUUUUCAGUGUGAUGGAGUAGUAUAUGGAAAGAUCCACUUUAUGAAGAACUAGCAAAGUAAAUACCUCAAGUGAGCAUUUAUAAGACACACACUCACUCUACUUUUUUAUAUCGUUUAUGAAUGAACUGAAGUUUCACAUGAAUAUGCUGUACUAGAAAAGUCAAUAACUUUGCUUUUUGAAAGCAUUUUUUAUUUUAGAAAAGGAAGGUGCAAGAGUCUGGGGACUCUUCUUUAAAAGAGUGGUGCAUAUUUACUCUUCCGGUAGUGAUUCUCUUCACUACUACUUGCAAGAAACAGUGGGAAAUGCGAGAAUCGCCCUCUGUGUCUUUGUGGUACGUAAUGCAUAAAGAGCAAAGGAAUAGUUGACACAUCAUAAAACUUUGAUAGAAAGAAUGCACUUAUUUCUUAAUAAUUCCUAAGUAGAUGCUGCUUGCAUAAACAUAAGGGUAAAAAGAUUUUGAUCAGUACAGGUGUUCAUGACUUGCUAAGGGGUUUGGACUGCCAAAAAGAAGUAUUUUUGAGGUUCUUUUGUGAUUUGUUUUCCUCUAUAGCUAUCUCAGUGAUUCCUAGGAACUAUAAAAUCAACAGGAGAAUAUCUAAGAGGAAAGUGGUCAGAAGUUCUGUCCUUCAGGCAAAACACUGCUAGUUUUCAUUCCAUGAAUCUGGAAUGAUCUUCCUUUAGUUGUUUUACUACUUCCCUCUUCCCCAAAAAAUUCUCAUUUUCACCCUUAACAUGUAAUCUUUACAUCUUAUAUUUUAAAGCCUCCAGAAAGGCUUAUUGCACCACUAGAACCUGCUGGUAGAAGUUUACCUUCAGAAUACAAUUCUUUUAGAAAUAUAUCUUCUUGAAAAAUUGUUAGAGGAAAGGACUAAGAAAGAAAGAUAUUGAAAGGCAAAAUAAUAAAAUGUCUGUUCAGUCAUUUGCUUAUGGUGCAAUCCUCCUACAUGACCACUAUUGCACAAUUUCUUGCAAUUUUUCUAAACUACGUAGAAUAUGCUCCACAGUUGACUCCUCCCCCUUUGUUCUGUUGAAAUUAGUCAUUCUUUGCAUUCGUCACAAAGGGAACAUUGUGAACUCUGGCCUCUUCAUCAUAAUUUUGCAGAAUAGAGAGUUUUGAACUGAAGGGUCAUUAAAUGCACCCAAGAAAUACUCUACCCAGUCAUGCAGUGUGUGUAUUUGGCAGGGCAAGAAAUGCUGGGACAUCCAAGAGACGUGUAGUGUGUGUGAAAAUAAUACAAUGUGAAAAGUACUGUUUUUUAUUGAUUUAUACUUUUUAUUAUUUAAAGUUUUAUCACAACAUUCACAAUAUGUGCCAGCAUAAAAGGAGGGGAGGGGGGAAAGUGCUGGGCGGGGUGACAGUUAAAGGAAAUAUAAACCAGGUUAUACAUACAAAGCCAGCAUACCAUAUGUGAAGCACAUAUGCAGGCUAGUAUACAUUUGGUAAAAUUCAGUCCUAAGAUGUACAUUGAAACUGCUGUACCUCAGUGAAUUAUUGUGAGGAUAAAAUGAGCUUGGUGGUAGGGCUGGGUGAUAUCUGGUUUUCAACAUCAUGAUAUACCAAUAUAUCACAAUGUCUGAAAUAAGGAUGGACCUAGGUAGAGGCAUUGGCUGGCUUCACGGUUUCCCCCACAUUGUGAUUUUUGCAUAGGGCACGCAUGCACACACACACACACACACACACACACACCAUGAUUCGUGAUAUAUUGCCAGGUCAAAAAUUAAGAAACCAGCAUCACGGUAUGGACUCCGCCCAGCUCUUCUUGGUGGUUGGGAAAUCAUGCACAUUCUCCUAAGCAUCUUGGAGGAAAGAUAGGACAUAAAUGCAAAAAAACCCAAAUAAACAAUAAAUAAAUGAAGGAGUUCCAGAGAGCUUAUGCAAACUUAGGUUUGCUAGCUGCAAACGACCCCAAGAGCAUUUUAUUUUGUUUGUUUUCCUGAAAAUAUAAAUGCCAGCAGUAAUUUGGAUUCCAUCUCUGGUGCUAAUUUAAUUGUAAGGCAGAGAGCAGAAGUAAAGUAUUGGUUAAACUUUUGAUAAGUUAGACAUUUGUCACAGUGUGGCACGUGCUCUCUAUUCAUGGCACUCUCAUGCACUGUGUUCUCAUAUAUAUAGCUUAUAAGCAGUUGAUUGCCUUAAUUUUUUUAAUUAAAAUAUAAAGCAGGUGUGGGGAACCUUUGGCUUGUUAGCCCCAGCAAUCACGGCCAAUGGCUAGGGAUGGUGAGAGAUGUAGCACUGCAACAUCUGGAGAGCCAAAAGUUCCUCACACAUGAUCUAAAGGAUAAUGUGAACAUACAACAAAUAAGGAUAUAGUUAAUAUACCAUCAUUUUGACAGUUGUUUUAAUAUAGGAAAACCUGGAUAUGGAAUACAACUGGUGUAAUACCUAUUCCGGCGCUGUGGGUUAAACCACAGAGCCUAGGACUUGCCAAUCAGAAGGUCGGUGGUUCAAAUCCCCAUGGUGGGGUGCGCUCCCAUUGCUCGGUCCCUGCUCCUGCCCACCUAGCAGUUCGAAAGCAUGAAGUGCAAGUAGAUAAACAGGUACCGCUCCGGCGGGAAGGUAAACAGCAUUUCCGUGCGCUGCUCUGGUUCGCCAGAAGCGGCUUAGUCAUGCUGGCCACAUGAUCUGGAAGCUGUACACCGGCUCCCUCAGCCACUAAAGCGAGAUGAGUGCCGCAACCCCAGAGUCGGUCACGACUGGACCUAAUGGUCAGGGGUCCCUUAAAAAAAACAAAAAACCUAUUCCAGCAACUCAGAUGAGAACCUGUUGUGCAUUGUAGAAUGCAAUGUUUAUUAUUACUCAAUAUCUGGGGCAUAGAUCAGGAUAAACUGCAGAAAGUGGAAGUAACUUGGCGCCUGUUCAUCAGAUUAUAUUUUUUUUUACCAACCACACCAUGAUCAACUGACUGCUAGAUCUCACAGCUUUUGAAAACUUGGUUGUAUUCAGUUCUUCGUAAUCUAAAGGUCUGUUAUAUAGUUUUUAUAAAAUUAUACUCUACUUUUUGAAUAUACAGGAAACACAGAUAGAUUAAAACUGGUAUUGGAAAGGGUUUUGGAACUCGAAAUAGAAACAGCUACCUAGUUGAUGCCAUAUUGAGGAAUCUGUAACAUGUUUCUUUCUUUGAAACCUCUUCCUCCUCUUACACUUGCAGGAAAGCAUCAAGAUUAAAGUUACAAUGCUGGAAAACAACAGGGAUGGGCAGGUAUGUCAGACUUCCUGUACUUGCUUUAGCUAGCCUUUUAUCUUGUGAUUGUGAUCAGUCAGUGGAAAUCAAGCAUGUAUUUAGGGUCUAACUAAUCUGUGAUAGAUACAGAGUAGCAGGUACCGUUGAUGGUAGCAAGUGAUGGCACCAUGUGACUUCUUGUUUUGCUCCCCUAAAAGAUUAUAGUGAUCAGUGGGAAUUGCUUAUGCCUACUGCAUGGCUGGUGUAGCUUUGCAAAGCAUUUUGGGGUGUCUCCAGGGAAUAAUGGAGGUGAGAGGAUGCAGAAUCCUGUGGAUCCUCAGCCUCGCCCACUCCAUUUUGACCCCUACCACCAGCAAAACAUCUACACCUUCAGAGCUUUCCAAACAUGUACUGGGGGACCUCUGGUGCCAACUGCAUCCCAUAACCAGUUGAAUGUCAGUUCCAUGAUUGCAGCCUUAACUUCUUAAGGUCUGAAUUCUGGUAAUUGCUAAAAUGAUUAUUUAGAUUAAAUAAACUUAACAAUUGUGCUUGACCUUGUAUUACAAAAUGUGGACAUUUAACAUAUUCGAUUCUGUUAUUUUCUUUAGGUCAUCCUUAAUAUUACCUAUGUAAAUGGUCAGGUGUAUGUAAAUGACUUUCCGCUGAAGAGUGGAGUUGCUCGGAUUAAAUGUCAGACUUUAAUAUGUAAGUAUUGUUUAAUUCCUUACCUGUGCUGUGUGCUUCCUUGCAGUUCACCACUCAUGAAUAAUGGUAUAAUAAAUAAGUAACACUAUAAUAUAUACACAUCUGUACUGUUAAAAAUAAAUCUCCACUGUUAAGGUAUAUUUAAAAUAGAUAAAAUACGAAAUGGAGUGCCCUCUCUAUUUCUCAUCCACAGUGCUCACAUAUUCUGCCCAUAAAAAAUAACGAGUUCAAACCUUCCCUUUCUGGAACAGUUAGCGAAGUUCCUGUUCAGUUAAUUUAUUUGUUAAAGGCAAAGAAUUUGUGCCGUAGACUAGGCAGUAUAAAUGCAAGGAUGUGACUCCACCCUGAUAAGUUCUUUCUGUCUCCUUUCUUAAACUGGCAUCUAUCCAGAUACAGUUGUGUAAAAGAAAGAAUAAUAAUAGAAUCAUACCAUAAAGCACCAAUGCUGCAGCAAGCAAAGGCUUUAGCAGCUCAGCCAGCUGCUUGUGGCUGGAAAGCCAGGCAGGAUGUUUGUGACUGUUGCCAUGGGAACAAAGGGGCAGUCCAUUCUGUACUGAGCACCGGAUGUUAGCUCAGUGUGUGUGUGUCAUAUGACCCGUACUGGAUGUACUUGGGAGGAGUUUCUUCUUGCUGUUGUUGAGUGCAGACAUGAUUCUCUGUACUGAUGUAAGAGGCAGAAAUAAAUGAUGUAAAUAGUUUUCUGUCUGCUUCUUUCCCCUCCUGGGGACACCAAAGGGGAGAGAGGAAGAACGGUGUGUUCCUCUCAUACAUCUGAGAAGAAUCGCCGGACCUCGCCUGCUUAUCAGCAGAGUGGAGACGCGGGGAGGUCGACAGGAAUAUCUGCCGGUGCCUACGCUGUGGCACAUUCCUCUGACCCAGGCAGAAUUCCAAAAGUGGUAGCAGAGGAUGGUUCGAAACCAUCGAACAUCUGUAUGAGAGGCUGGUGGAUUGUCCUCCUCUGCUCCUAAGGAGGAAUAGAAGCGUCUGAAAGAAGCCAGAGGCUCCACAGACAGCUGGUGGAAAGAAGAGGUGUUUUCCAGAGCAACAAAGCUCAAGGUAUGCUGCAUUUCGGGCUAAAAGUGUGAACGCAGGAAGAUUAAUUCCCUGGUUCACGGAGCUGCGUUUCAAAGAAAACAAAAGCUCCGGGAGAAGAGGCCUGCAGCUUGAAGGCUGAAGCCUGCAUUCCACAAAUUUUUGUGGUAGAUAAGAUGUCUUAUUGAAAUGCAUUGUUGCUAGGUAACGGUCCUGGAAAGUUACUGGCAAAGGGGCUGGACUCUGAGUGUGAGCCUGGGAAAGCGAAACAAAAUCAGAGAAUGUUUUGGCUACAAGUUUAUGAGCUCUUGGAAGGGACUUUUCAAUAGCAGCCUGAGUUUAGCUGCCAGGUGCAAAAAGAGAGUAAACAAUUUGCAGUUUGCUGCGUGAGAAAAAAAAAAAACGACUGUUGGAUUUUACAGUUUGUUUGAGAGUGUGGGCUGGAAAGCUGAAGAGGCUUGGCUUCAAGAUGGAUGCCAAGAAAGGGGGAGGUUUGCCUUGCCCACCUCCCUUAACCAAUGACAAUUAUUCAUCUUGGUCUGUAAAGAUGAAGGCCCUGCUGCAGAAUCAGAGGCUUUUUGAUGUAAUUGAAAACCCCAUCCCUGCAGCACCAACCAGAGGUUGGGAGUCACAGAAUGUAAGGGCCAGGACUGCUAUAAUUCUGUGUGUCUCAGAUGAUCAGUUGGUGCAUGUUCAGCAUUUAGAAAAUGCGAAAGAGGUAUGGGACACGCUGCGUACAACGCAUCAGAGAGAUGCUGGUUCUUCAGCGUUGCUGUAUUUUGAGAAAUUGACCAAUCUGAGACUUGCGCCUGAUGGAGAUGUUCAAGCGCACCUGACAGAAAUGAAGUUUCUGCGUCAACAGAUGGUGGAACGCAAUUUCCGUCUUCAGGAGGAAGUGUUUUGCUUCAUGAUGAUAAACAGCCUUAGCCGCACCUACAAGGUUGUUGCCAGUCAGCUUGGUUCCCUACCGGCCGCGCAGCUGACCGCGGAGAGAGUUUGUGCUGUGGUCCUGAAUGAACACGACAGACUUGCUGCACUGGAAGAAAAAGACAGGGGGAGGGAAGAACAGAGUUCUAAUUCCCCACUGCUGAUGCUACUGGAGAGCAUGGUGUAGCAUUGAGUGCUGUCCGAUGCUACAAUUGUGGACAGACUGGGCAUCUACAGCGAAACUGUAAGAAGCCGCGCCAGUCAAGAGGAGCAAAGAGCAGCUCUACGAAGCCUCAGGCGUCAGGCAAAAGCCGUUCCAAGUGCCAGGUGAAACCUGCAAAGGCUAUGAUGGCGAAAGGAACCACGCCAGAUGUUGGGAACUCGUUCAUAAUUGACACGGGCGCAACGGUUCAUAUGUGCCCGCACAGAGGACUAUUUUCGACGUUGAAGAAGCAAAGCUUCACUGUGAAACAGGCCAACGGUCAGGAGUUGGAAGCGACUGGAAUUGGGACUGUGUAUCUUGAGAGUCUGAACUUGACUAUAAAUGAUGUUUACCUGGUUCCAGAACUGAGAUUUAAUCUGCUGAGCGUGUCGCAGAUUGCAAAGAAAGGACUGAAACUGUCCUAUGAUGCUAAAAGCUGCAAGAUCUACAAAGAUGGAGAACUGUUUCUUACUGCCAAAGAGAAAGAUGGACUGUAUUUGUUGACUUUUGAUCAAAGUGAUUACAUGAAAUGUAAUUCUGCUGUUUCUAACGAAAUCUCUCUUGCAGGAGUGACCAGUGUGAGCACCAGGAAGGUGACUAAGACCAAGAAGGUCGACAGAGCAUUUCAGCGGGUGUAUGCUGAUGUGAUUGGUCCUCUAGAACCAUCUAGAGGCGGUGCAAAAUUUUACCUUGUGUGUGUGGAUUGUUUCACUAAUUAUUCUUGGGUUUAUAUGAUGGAGAAACCGCAAGAAACUUUAGAAAAGUUUCAGGAGUUUUGUGACAAGGUUAAAAAUAUGCAUGAUGCUAACAUUGAUUGUCUUUUCACAGAUGAGAAGCAAAUUUUUCUGUUGCAGAAGUUUCAGAAGUUCCUGGAUGGAAAAGGGAUAGACCACAAAGUUGCAGUCUCGCAAGAAGCGUGGAACAGGGGGGUCUGUGUGAGAGUGAACAAAGAAUUGCAAAAGGGGAUGAAUGCGCAAUUGCUGAGUUCACAUUUGCCACAUGAAUAUUGGGCCGAAUCGCUAGCGUCCUAUCUUCAUGUGUGGCUGAGAAAGAUCUCAACAGAGUUGGGAUGUUCUCCUUUUGAGAAGCUGUUCAAUAGAAAACCUUCUGUUGCCUAUUUUAAGGUUUUCGGGUCUCAUGUGAGAACAGAAGCUCCAGGUGGAGUAAAGAAUGCCAGAGGCAUUUUCGUAGGUUAUGAAAAAGGUCUCUACAGAGUAAUUUUGUCUGAAUCUGGUCAGGUGAUUCUCACAAAGUUCCUAGAGAGUGCUCCAAAGCAAGAGCGGAUAGUACAGACAUUUCCCACAGGAGAGGAUCUGAUGAUAAUGAUGAUGAUGAGUUUGAUCUUAUUGAGUUCAGUAGUACUGAUGAUGACAGCGAUAGCUCAGACAGCUCAGUUGUCACAGUCAUUGAGAGAAAAUCUCACACAAUGGAUAGACCUUCACAGGUGAAGGAAGAACCACUGAUUGCUACUGGUUCUCAACAGAGUCCAAAGGUUGAACCAGUGAGCACAGAGGAUCAGAACCUCAUACGCAGGUCUGAGAGAGCAACGAAGGGUGUACCACCCAAGAGGUAUUCAAAGGAGUUUGCUAACCUUGCAUAUGUUGCUAUUGUAAACGACCAAGGACAGCUUGAAGCUGUGUCUGAGUCAGAGACAAAGGCACAACAGAGAGUUGUUAACCAAGGUAAUGCGAAGUCACACAACCAGAGAGGUACAUUGGUUAAACCAGUGGCGGGUAGUUCCAAGAGUGGAACUGAAACAACAGGGGAAUGUUAUAAAUAUAACAACUGUUUGUUUUCUUCUCUGGAUGACGCUUUGCUCGCAGCACACAUUGAUACUUUAGGGGGAGUAUGUUACCAUAAAGCACCAAUGCUGCAGCAAGCAAAGGCUCUAGCAGCUCAGCCAGCUGCUUGUGGCUGGAAAGCCAGGCAGGAUGUUUGUGACUGUUGCCAUGGGAACAAAGGGGCAGUCCAUUCUGUACUGAGCACCGGAUGUUAGCUCAGUGUGUGUGUGUCAUAUGACCCGUACUGGAUGUACUUGGGAGGAGUUUCUUCUUGCUGUUGUUGAGUGCAGACAUGAUUCUCUGUACUGAUGUAAGAGGCAGAAAUAAAUGAUGUAAAUAGUUUUCUGUCUGCUUCUUUCCCUCCCUGGGGACACCAAAGGGGAGAGAGGAAGAACGGUGUGUUCCUCUCAUACAUCUGAGAAGAAUCGCCGGACCUCGCCUGCUUAUCAGCAGAGUGGAGACGCGGGGAGGUCGACAGGAAUAUCUGCCGGUGCCUACGCUGUGGCACAUUCCUCUGACCCAGGCAGAAUUCCAACAGUUGGGAGAGUCUUUCAGAUAAUCUUUGCAAAACACUUUCUUCUCCUGUAGACUUUCUUAGUUUAAGUUCAAUCUCUGCUAGAACUAGAGAUUUGAUUGAAAAGAUUUCCUAGUAAUUUUUAUAAUGUAGUUAUUGAAAAUGGAAAUACUGUCCCCCCCCAAUCUGCUUUGUCCUGGACAGAAACAUCCUGAUUUGGGUAUACAGGCAACAUUUUACAUAAUGAAUGAAGCUAAAGCAAUUACUUUCCAUGGAAGAACAUUUUAUGCACAGAGUAGUCUCUUGAUGCACUGGUUAUGGGUGGUCUCAAGGUUAAGUUCUGAGAUCAUCUACCCUUUAUGAUCAGCUCUUGCACUAAGGGCAUGCUAAUGUGUUUUAAGCAUUGGCUUUUGAAAGCCUAAAACAUUAUGCAUUAAUAACUAAACAUGGUUUCCUUUAAGGAGACCAGGCAGUGGCUCAUCAUGGUUUGGAUGCAGCAAAAGUGCUCCUAUGCUUUAAAAAAUUAGUAUAGAUCUUCUAAAGGAAGUAGGUUCUCUUGAACUGAGCAGGGCAUAUGUCUCAAUAAACAUAUUUAGAAAUGAGCUCUCACUGUUCUUUACUCAGAUGCAAUCAACUCUCAAACCAUCACAAUACAAAUUUGUAUUGAUUUAAUAUAAAAUAUAAUUGCUGUUGGUUCUAUAAGCCUUACCUUUGAGUUUCUGUUAAAUUUCCAAGAUAAGAAUAUAAAAUUCUGGGGUUGUAUAAUAAGAGUGCAUGUUAUUACUUCCCACAAUGCAUUCAAACAUCCACUUUGCCUUACUGGAGGGAUGGAGGGAGGUCAGGGUAGGAGGGGGUCUCAACUGACACUAAAUACCCCAAUCCUUGCAGAAGAAAAUAGUGGUACUUGGAACAAGCCCUUAUUUUUUUUGUCUGAAACUCCAAAGACUGAUUUGACUUGUGUGUUGUGGAUAGAAGCUGCCUACAUAUUACCAACAGGGUUGGACGCAUGCAUGUGCAAAGCCAGCAAGACAGCCGCUCCUUCCCUAACAUAAAUGUCCAUAGGAGCAAGGAUAUCGUACUUGCCCCUGGGGCAGGGAGUUUGGAUGUAAGUGUCCUAUCAUUUGCUUUCCUUCAUUUUUGUGCCAAAAAGUCGUGGGGAGAUUGGUCUUGGUAGACAUGGUACACACGGGUGGUGCUGUGGUCUAAACCACUGAGACUCUUGGGCUUGCCGAUCGGAAGGUCAGUAGUUCGAAUCCCCAUGAGGGGGUGAGCUCCUGUUGCUCUGCCCCAGCUCCUGCCAACCUAGCAGUUCGAAAGCACGCCAGUGCAAGUAGAUAAAUAGGUACCGCUGUGGCGGGAAGGUAAACGGCGUUUCCGUGCGCUCUGGUUUCCAUCACAGUGUCCUGUUGCACCAGAAGCGGUUUAGUCAUGCUGGCCACAUGACCAGGAAAGCUGUCCAUGGACAAAUGCCAGUUCCCUGGCAUGAAAGCGAGAUGAGCGCCGCAACCCUAUAGUCGCCUUGGACUGGACUUAACCGUCCAGGGGUACUUUACCUUUUUACCUUUACCUAGACAUGUGCUGUGUGCACUUAUCUGAACACUAUUCCUGCUCCCCUUUCUCUGCCACCAAUUUUCCCAAGCUCCAGCUUUAAUCGGAAUGCAGUGCUGAACUCAGUUCUUGGGAACCCUAUGGAAUGAAGGAGGCUGCUUGUGUUUCCACUUGUUCUUUGGGAAAACCAAUACACAGAUGAUUAAAAAGUAUUCUUGUUUGCAUUCAGGGAAACCUUUGUACUCUCUUGGCCCAUGAUCACUUCUUUUGAAAGCUGCCUUGAAUCCAGCAAGCAGUUCUGUUCCCGUGCAGUGAGGAGCCAAAUCUAAUCUGCAAUGCACCGAUCACCCAUUUAUGUGUACCUUGUUUUUAGAGAUCAUAUCUCUCUAUAUAACCACUAUAUGACACACAGUUCUUCAUUGAUAGUGGAGAGUAGUAACUCUGAAACACUACAGGAAGAGGAGCGAUUAGGAAUUGUCAGCGUUCGCAUUAUGGUCCACGAAUGGCCGAUGGCAUCCAGAUCCAACUUGCGAUUGAUUGUCGUUCAAGAGGAAGUGACAGAAAUUGAUGGCAAGCGGGUAGGUCAUACCACUUUAAAUUAUUGUAUUUGUUGGCCAGUUUUUAAAUUCAUUGGAGCACUUGGUUCCACUGUGAAUGGGUAGUUUAGUUGUAUGAUAUGCCCUGGGCCACCAUAUCAUAACGGUGUCCGAUGUUUGUGCUAUUAUAUGUCCUCUUUGGGCAGUGGACCCCAAGUACAUUAUUUAUUUACUUUAAGUAUAUUCUGCUCCGUAUUUAAACAAAAACAUCUAAGCUGUUUACUAAAGGAAUCCAUCUAAAAAAAUGCAAUACAAAUUCCACAUUUAAAACUAAACAGCAGCAGCAACAACAACAACCACCCCACAUAAGCAACAAUAAAUAUCUCUUAAAAUAUACAUAAGUAAAAGAACUAAAAACCACAAAACAAAUAGGAUUUAAAAAGAAACCAUAACACCACAACAAUAUAUACUGUAUAUUAUCACCAAACAGGGCUUUCCAGGGACAGGGAGAAGACAGGGCUCAUCUGGACUGGGACUCAUUGGAUACAGAGCCAGCCCUGCUGCUGUCACAUAAUGAUAUUGACCUAAUACCUGUUAACAGAAUUUCUAGUACAUCGCUCUUUUCAACUGUAGUCUGAUCUUAUUGUAAAAUCCACUCCUAUACUGCAGAAAUUAAUGAUUCUAAUCAAGAAACUGUCAAAAGAGAAUCUCUCUUACUAAAUGUGUGUGGCAACAAGAAGAAACAGGGCUUUCGAAGAAAAAUGGUUCUGAGUUCUAAAGAAGUGACAAAACUCUUCCUCUCAAAUAGUUCUGGUAGCCUGGUGAUUUGCUUAAAAUGUAUGGUGUUUUUAAAUUUUCAGCAUGAGAUAACUUGCCACACCCAGUUGAGUAUUGUGUACAACUGUGUACAGUACAGUACUGUUGACAGUAAUUCUGUGUUGUAUUGUGUUUAGUGCUCUAAUUGUUUUAUGCCAUAUGCUCAGAAAUGUGAAAUGAACUAAGUGUGAAGUGAACUACUAGGAAUUUGUUUGCUUCAACUCCAAUGCUCAAAUCUAAAUUUCAACAGAAGUGUCAGUGUGAAUAUGUAAUUCUUGAUCAGCAUUGCAGCUUGGGCACCUGAAAGCCUGGCAGAGGGCUGAACAAUAAAACUUACAUCAACAAACGGCAUCCUGCUACAUUCCUCUUCAUUGACAUGUCUCUAAAUUGUUAGGGUUUAGCACUUUACAGUCAGAUUGGAUCCCCCCCCCCUUCACAACUCAUCAUGUCAGUGUUGGCAUCAGGUAGUAUGUUCUGAAUUACUAGUGACAAAAGGACAGGAAAAUCAACAAACCAGUUCUGUAAUUAAUAUAUGACAGUGCUCUAAUUUUGGUGCCAAGACUUAUUCAGUGAGCACUCAUGGCAUCCCAUCUCCUCCUAAAGAGUUAAUAGAUUGGUGAUUUGUUUAGAAAGUUUUGUUUUCUGAAUUCCAGCGUUAGAGAACUUUCCCCAUCCAGUUGCAUUCUAUGCAUAAUGGGGAAUUGUUGUCCAGUAAGUCUGUGGUGUGUUAUUUUUAGCACUCCCAUUGUUUUAUGCACUACACUCAGUCUGCUGCUUAUUUCUGAGUGUGAUAAAUGCAGCCAUUAGUUUGUUUAAAUGCAUUUUUUCAGCUGAAGAGUAGGGUAAAAAUACUUCAAAAUACAUAUGCCUGAUCUUUCUCUUCCCGUUUAAGGGAGAACCAGUCAGGAUAUUAAGUACAAUUACUGAAGCUGAAAUAACAGCAACAGACACUUUGGAAACAAGUUCUACUGAUUCAGAGUCAUUUACUUCCUAUUAAUCACACUUGGUAGAGUUUACACAUCAUUUAUUAAAGAUUUCUCAUUACCAUACUAUUCCAGGCAAUGUGAUUCACAAGAUGCCUGUCUCAUUUUUAUCCCCAUGAACUUUUGUAAAUUGCACCACACUGUUGCAAGCAACAAGUGGCAUGAAGACUCCACAGCAGAAUGACAAAUUCUGUUCUGCAUUGAGUUCAGAAUGUGGCAUAUUAGAACAAAAAUCCUACACUUUUAUAGUGACAACUUGGGGGUGGGGGUGGGGAAACACCUUGAGGCCUUGGUAAAAAGCCCCUGUGAAAAUCAGCCCGACACUUGGUGGCAACUGAAAGGGCAACUUCAUUGUUAUGAGUGAUCAGAAAAGGGAACUUUGUGGGGCUGUAUGUUAACAUAACCAUAGAAAAGCUCAGGACGUUACUGGUUCAAAUCCACACAGAGGCAGAAACAUUUUAGGGAGAUGGGUGCAGUCCAGGUUGGCCGGAGAAACACUGGUGUCAUCGGCUCUGAAGAGCUGCUUCCAGUCAGUGUCGACCAAGCAGUUAACAUGCUACUCUAUGGACUAUAACUUCCAACUUUCCUGACCAUUGGCCAUGCUGGAGCCCAACAACAUCUGACGCAUAGCUGUCAACGUUUCCCUUUUUUAAAGGGAAAUUCCCUUAUUCCAAAUAGGAUUCCUUGCAAGAAAAGGGAAAAGUUGACAGCUAUGAUCUGACGGGCACCAUGAUAGCUGUAAACAAUACUGAUCUGGAUGGACAAAUAAUCUGACUCUGUAUAAGGCAACUUAUACGAUAUAUUUUUCCAGUUUCACAGAACUGAAAAUAAAACGGUGCCAUUAUUUAAGUCUGGGGGAUCUUCCUUCCUUAUCUGAGUGCAGUCGUGGUGGUAGAGGGUCCUGUGUUUGGAUUGGAAUGAAGGGGCAGCUUCCUUCCAUCCCAAGAUUUUGGAACUCAGGAGGCAGAACUUUCCAGGAAUUGAUGUGUUCAUGGUCAGUCAUGUCCAAGUAUGGGAGCAUCGUUUGGAAGGGAGGGGGAAGGAGCAAGCCAUUCAUUCAUUCCCUCCCAUCCAGUCAAACAGAGGCAGCUCCUUUCUUCAUCAUUUAGGCCACAGCUAACAGAUGCUGUUCUGUGGAUAGUUCUAAUAGCCAGAUGCACGAAAUACUAGCAUUGAGAUCAUCAGAUGAAACUGACAGCUCAAACAGGAAUUAAUAUUUGGCACAGAAUUAUUCGCAAUUCUCUUCUUCAAUUACUUUAAAACAAAACAGCAUUCCCAUACCACAUGACACUGCUGCUUUUUCAUACUUCCCCACAUUGGCCCUCAUUCUAGAGAGAAGAUGUUCAGCAUGUUUAUGUUGUAGUGGGUAGGCCCCAUUUUCUGGUAAUGUUUUAAUGAAAGAUUAGGAGCAUGGGUUUGUUGGCUAUUUGCAGAUUCAUUGCGCUGCAGAAAGCUUGCUGGGAAGACCACACAUUGGAAGGAACACAAAAUAACUUUAACUAGGUUUUAAUAACAAAAACAAAAACUCCUUUUACAUUAAAUAUAUCAAUAAGCAUAACCCAACCACCAGGGUACUGAGAGAGCUAGGUGCUGCUCUUUAUAUACUAUACCCAAUUGCUGACACAGCUUAAUCACCACAACUUAACAGCACUUGCUAUACUGCUUCACAGCUGUAAAACUAGGUCACGUUAUUUGCUCUGGCCCUUAAAGAAAUACACAUAUUGUGGAACAAUAAUGAACCUUCAAAUUUCAAGAGACAAUUCAACAGGGUUGCUCUUUAGAAGAGAGUCGAUAUCACAUUCUGCCCUUCACCUUAAUAUCUCUUUAGUGAGACUACAAAAAGGGCUACAGUGAGUGGAAUCUUUAUUUAACGAGGAAGAAUCAUGGUUCACUGGUAGAGCAUUGCUUGAAAAGGUAUGAGGUUCAGUCCCCAGCAUCUCCAGUUUGGGCUGGGAAUGGCUCCUGCCUGGUCAGUGUUGACAGUACUGCGCUAGAUGGACCAUUGGUCUGGCUCAGUAUAAGGCAGCUUCCUAUGUUCCUAAAUCAAACAGACUUUUCAUCUUGGCAUUCUGUUUAUCUUUUAUACAUCUGCCUUUUUAUUUUCACCAUUUCAAAAAAGCACCUACCGCUCCGGUUUCAAGAGGAUUACUCAUAAAUAGUUAUACUUCUCUUUUGCAGGUUCAGCAAGAUGAAGUGACUGAAAUAGACAUCUUGGUAAAGGACUUAAGAGUCCUUAGGCACUCAAAUUACACUGUUCCUUUGAAGGAAAGCAUGCUGUAUUCCAUCCCCAGAGACAAUGAUAUCUUGUUCACACUUCCAAACAUUGCAGGAAAAGGUAUGCAGUGAUGUUGAUCUCUGACAAACCGGUUUGGCUUCUUCAUUACAGAAAGUGUUGCCAUAAUUUUUGUCUUUUCAUUUAAGCUUUCCUGUAUUACUUUUCAGUAUCCAUACACCGAAAGGGAGAACAUCCAAUCUAUUUUAAGUUGAUUGAUUUUAAAAUGUCUAUAGGCUCCUUUUCCAAUGUUCUAAGUGGUGUGCAUCAUUUAAGAACAACUUGGUAAGAUGAAAGCAGCAAAUAAUGAUAAAACAAUCCCCAGACUAGUGAAUCAGCCAAAUGCCAGCUAAGAAGUCUUUCAAGUCUUAUGGGAAAUGGCCAAAAAUUGACUCCUCAAUUUUAAAGGCAGGUCAAAUUUGUUUGUUUGUCAUUCUUUUUAGUAUGUUGUAUUGUGAAACAAAAUGCACAAGUAUAUUUGGAUAUUCUCAAAAUGUAGCCUUACUUUGUUAUUUUGCUUGCUUGCUUUCCCCUGGAAUUAUCUAUGGAGGUGGGGAGGCAUCUACUUGUUAAUCUAACCUCUUUCUUUUCUUUUUAAAAAAUAGAUAUUGAAAGCCCACUACAAACAACCAGUCACUACCUUCUAAGACAAGUAGAAACUACAGUGGACGAAGAGACAAUGCCUGGCAAGUUGCCAGAGACUCCUCUCAGAACAGAGCCUCCAUCCUCUUAUAAGGUCUUUUCUGUUACUGUUACACCACUAUUGUAGGGUGGGGCAUUCUCGUGAGACAUUCCAGGAGCCUAAAUUAUGUAGGGGACAAGACAGCAGGGCAGAGUACUGCUGGGACAGAGGAAACUGCUCCCUACCCUUUCCAAAAAAUAUCAUAGAGUUAUUCUGAUUGCAGAAGGGACUUCAACCCAAAACCCCAAUGGUAGGGAAGGCCAAGAGCUGGGCGUACAUGCAUGUUUCAGAGAUGAGAAUUCACAAUGCCCGAGGCCAAGCUUGUGUGUUCUCAGCUCCUUUCCUCCUGGGAUAUGAGAGCACAGGUGUCUUUUUUUACACAUUCAGCUGAACUUCUACUGGUUGGGAGCAUGGCCUGUGGGCAUGGUCUUCCUCCUGCUCUACAAGAUGAUUGAACAUAUCUGAUGUUCAUCAAGGAGCUGAAUGUUUCUUGCCCUGUAACUGAACACAAAAUAGAAAAGUUAAUUUAAACAUGAAAAAGAAAACAUGAAACCAAACUAAUAACCAAAUGUAUUAUAGUCAAAAUCGUGCGCAAAAAAAGACAUAUAUACCUUGAGCUAAAAUGUAUUGGUAUUUGUAUGCUAAUUCUAGAAGUUUCAGAUCCAAGAUAAGCAAAUUAAAAGUUCCUGGAAUUAAAGAAAAGCAUAUACUUAAAACAUAGUUUAAAUAUCAGAAGCAUUAUGGUGAUAAUUAUUUCCUACUCCUGGGUAUAAAAAUUCCAGAGGCCCCACUUGGAGUGGUGUUAGUCUGCAUAAAAGAGAACAUUACAUAUAAUAAAUUAAAAAUAAUAAAAGAAGAAAUCCCGUCACAGAAAUACCAGGCCUCCAAAAUAAUAUAUUAUGAACAUGUUAUUAUGCUUCUGACCAAAACUCUGAUGAUGAUUUUCAGACAGACAAGCCGGGUAGGCAGCCAAAGGAGAAACUAUUGUAAUAAUGGACAACUUAAAUUAUCCUCACUUUGGGUAAAUAUCAGGCCAUAACAAAAAGACAAAUUUCUAGAUACAAUAAAUACUUGUGUCUCAAAUUCAGCAUUUCAUAAUCAUUGUAAGCUUGCCCAGAAAGUGCAGUAACGUGGCAUUCAAUUUCAGAAGAGGAAGUGUCUAAAAAUGAGAGGUUAGUUACAAAGGAAGUUAAAAAAAUUCUGCUUACUGCUGCAGUCCCCAGAGCUAUAUUACACACUGUCACCAAUGGUCUCCCAAGUCUCUGGAACAGAUUUUUGAGGGACAUGGCGGGGUUAUAGAGAGAAGUAAAUUGGCACAAAUGACUUCUCCUUCUCUUAUAUAAACAGACCCCACUGCUAGAUCAAAAGCUGUUCCAGUAUCACCCAAUAAUUAUAACAGAGUCAGAUAAAAAUGUACAGGUGCAAACGAGUCCAAGAGAACGGCAGUGUGGUUAAAUAGCAACGUCAAGGAAGCUGUCAAAGGCGAGUUAGUAUCCUUUUUGAACAAAGGGGGGAAACAAAAAAAAAUCGGCCAAAACAAGUGUAAGUUUAUGAGGCAAGUACAGAAGGAAUUUGAGAAGCUUCGGGCAACUGUGGGGGUGGAAGAGGGGAAGGGAAACUUUCCUUCCAUGAUCUUCUUUUUGUUCACUUAUCUUAAGAUCUAAGUAUCUGUGUAGAUACAGCAUAUAUAUCAUGUGCUGAAGGCAUAGAAGAGGAAAAAGCUGCUGCCACCAGGCUUGCAAACUUCACCUCUAAACUGGCCACUUUUGGAUAGAGUGCAGGGCUAGAGCCACCACUCUGAUCAGCCCCCGCUAGUCUUAAUCACUGUUUAUUUAUCAGUAAAUAAAUAGUGGCGGAGAGCUAAAAAGAUCAUUUAAAUUGGAGCAGUUGGGCUUCCGAAGAGGAUCUAUGGUCUGAGAUUUGAAACAGAUAUACCACCUUCUGUGUUUAGUGGGCAUCAGUGAUGGGUAUUUAACUGGCAGUAUUGUUGCAUUUGCAGGUGAUGUGCCAGUGGGUGGAAUACUUGAGAAAAGAGCUCUGCAGGUUCUGGCUGCAGUCCUUUCCAGUGUUCUUUGAUCUAAUGUUGGUCAUUGUUGUUGGAGUUGUUGGAGCAGCUUUAAUCAUCAAAGUCUUAAAAGUGUUUUGCCCCUCAUGUGAACCCAGGUAAGUGCCUUUCUACAUUUCAUUCUGUAGAACCAAACUGUUACUUCAGAAAAAAGGAGCUUAUUUCUGACUAAUGUUUUCUUUCCCUGCUUAAGUUUUUGUGAGCAUAGUCCAGUUCCACAAAUGUAGUUCUCCUGAAAUAUUAUAAUAUAUUGACCCUUUUAAAACCAUUCUUCUAUAUUUCAGGUGCAGCUGUUUUGAACAGUUGCUCUUCCUAAUAGGCACUAUAAACGCAGAAGACAAACUUUUUUUUAACAGUCUUAGCUUACCAUGCUUACAUAUCUGUUGAAGUAAACUUGUUUUUGUUGUACAGUUUUCAGUUCUGAAGCUGAAACAACACUGUUAAACUGGGCAUGACAACUGGUAAGAAAAACCUUGAAUUUCUGAAGUCUAGAUUUCAAUGACUACCUGCUUCUUUUUCAGGGGAGUCCUUCAGGUUGAUCUCAGUGUCGUCCCUGUGGUCGGGAUCAGCUUACUUCCAGAUAUUCCAGAGAAGACAGAUAAUAUAGAGGAAAAGUGUAUUUAAACACAUUCACCUUAAUUGUAUGAAUUUGUUGACACGGUAUUUGACACUUGAUUCUUAAUAUAUUGUGUACCCUUUCCUAUACAGACUAUGAAAUGUCAAUGUUUUAAAAUGUUUUAAGAGGCCCCAAAGACUACGUCUUCACUUCAACCACCUUAAUAAGUUAUUGACAGAAGGGGAAAAAAAUAGCAGUUUCCUUCCAUAAGGACUUCAGCAAGUUCUAACUUCUAUGAAGUAAUUUCCCAUCUCCUCAUAAAAUCAUCCCGACUACACUGGUUGCAUGAACCUGCCACACUAAUCUAAAUAACCUGCUGCCUUGAAACAUCCUGAGAUUUCAGUAAUGAUACGUGAACAUAAUUAAGACUGCAGCCUUAAGCUCCACAGAGCAAUGAAAAUAAUAAGUGAUUAGACCCCAGCAACAUGGAACAGCAUGGACAGGAUUGUACACACCUGUGAGAAAAGGAAAGCUAAUUUAGGCCUGCUGUCCUUAAGCGUGCCUUAUGGGAGAGGUCGAGAGAUAGCUUUCAUCCUGCUCUUACAACAAAUUCAGUAUUGGUGCGGUGCUUUUUGGUGCAUGAAAGGCAAUCUAACAUUACAAGCACUUUAUUCAGUCAUUUUUUUAAAAAGGCCUCUUCCCACUAAAAGUUGUGUUUGUAAAACUGUACUUCUUGAAGUUGCAGUACAGUAUAAAUGCCUCUUACCCAAGAGAAAAUGUCUUCAAGAUCCCGAUUUACUAAGAAUUGUUUUACAUAUGGAUUUGUACGAUCACAGCUUUACAAUAAAUCCUUAUCUGUUGAGAGAAACUGGA